AGUAAUUUAUUCGUUAGUAAAAGUUAGAUACAUGUGUUAUCUUCAGCAAGGUUGUCAAUAACUUCGUUUUUACAUCCGAUAUUACAUACAUUCAAUCUAUCGUCGCCGCAUUCGCAUACAUUUGACGGAUGCAUACAUGCACACACACAUGCACAUAUUCAUUCAUUUGGACCCUGAACAUUCGCUCAAAACAACCUCAACAAACCAGACUCAUUGGAACCAUUUCAUCACCCCACUAUUGUAUCUAGCCCGGUCCAGCCCACCUAAACAAGAUAAGAUUGUAAGUGGAACAUUCGCACAAUUCAAAUAAUUCGAGAAACCAUACAAUUUCAAUCUUCAAUCCUUCAAACCUCCCAGCAGAAUUGCCUCACAAAUCGCAACGCGCAAAAUGGAUACAUCCAAGGUCUCAAUAUUCAAGACAUACGACAAGCCUCGAGGUCAAGGAGGCGCGAGUUCUUUCGCGACCUUCAUGAUCAUCGGUCGUAAGUUUUCACUCCUCUAUCAGCUCCCAUCUCAAUCCAAUUAACACAUCACAGCCGUAUGUUUUUUCCUCGGCAUCCUUUUCUCCUCAUUUCCCUACGACUAUCCUCUCCUCUGGACCACUGAAAGCACUCCCGAUGCCUAUUACAAUUUCAUUGAAGAGCAUCUAAAAUUCAUGCAUGCAUCCCCGCCAAUCAUCCCACGCAUCCUACACAUUGUCGUCUCGGUCGGAUUCAUCGGACUCUUCACCAAGCUCUUCAAGCCUUCUGAAGCUAAUCUCCUGUUUGAUGGCGCAUCGCUCGUUCUCUAUGUCGUGGGCGUCGUGGUUUAUGUUACCAAUAUUGUAAAAGGCAUGCGCAUUGUGACGCUUGGAUUAUAUGGCGAAGCGGGUGCGCCAGAAGGAGAAGUGGGAGUUGGGAGAGAAGAUAGUUUGAGGGUUUUGGCGGCCAGUAAUACGAUUUUGGCGUUGGUAUUGGUGGGAGUGUUGGUUUUGCAGGCGGGUCAAUGGUAUGCGGAACGGAAGGAUCAAGACGAGGCGGAGAAACUCGAGAAGGAGGAACAGGAGAAGAAAGAAUUGGACAAGAAGCAAAGGAGUGUAAGUGGGCAUGUCACCAGAUCUGUUUCGAAGAAGAGACAGUGAGGGUCUCAAUGGGAAAUUGUGUAUCUACGGUGGAAGGGGCAUUGGAUCUAAGUGUAGUAAUAUUCUAAUUCGCUUUACGCGAAGUAAUUUAUUCCCAACGAAAGCAAUCUACUUAUCACCUUCCAAAAU